UGAGUCGGUGCUUGGUUUGAACAUGUCUUUUAAUUGAGUAUAAUUUACUCUUUAUUUAGCCUUGAAUCAUCAUAAAUACGUCCUUAGCCAUCAAGAAAAGAUGCCUGCAAUAAAGUUCCAGCACGUGGUCUCGUUUAGUAGCGAGGAUAAGAACUUCCCUGCAACUAAUCUUUUAAAACCAGAGGGAACAAGUAAAUGGCGGUGUGCUAAAGCUGGUGAGAAAAGUGCAUCUGUAACGAUUCAACUUGAAAAGUCGACCAAAAUAUUGAGUCUGGAUAUUGGGAAUAAUGGCUCCGCUUUUGUUGAGGUCCUUGUUGGACGUGCUUCUAUGGCAUCAGAGGAUGACUUCAAGGUUUUACUGAUAGCAUCUUCAUUCAUGACUCCCCUUGAAGCUAGGAGCAACAAUGGUUUGACGCGAGUUCGUAUGUUUGACAAUGAGAAACUCUCACAACCAACAAGAGAUGAACAUUGGGACAAAGUAAAGGUUAUCUGCACACAACCCUUUAACAGAACAAGCAAUUAUGGGCUUUCAUUUAUAAAGCUCCUCAGUCCUGGGACACCAAAUGAUGGAACCACAACACCUUCUUUGAAGAAAGAGACUUCUGUCUCGAAACUUGGUGGCUUUAAGCUCAAACCUGAAGAGUCAAGUCCUGUUCGUACUGGAAGCUUAUUUGCAAAUCGGGGAAAAGAGGAAGUAAAGACGAAUAUUCCCCUGAGUGGUGCAGCUGCUGUAAGGGCAGCCUCCAGGGAGGUAGAUGGCGCUCUAGGUACAACUCCCAUCAAACACAUCCCUAAACCAUCAUCUCCUAUUGUACAUGACAGAACCCCGAAACCAUCAACCACCAAAAAUGGCCAUGAUGUCAAAGAGGCAACCCCCACACAUAAAGCAGAAAAGCGUUCAAGGGAGGAUGGUCAUUCUGAGAGUUCAAGGAAGCCGUCUGCAAGUGAUAAGAUCUCCAAAAGAGAAGAUCCACCACCCCGUAAAAAGUCAAGAUCUGAUGCUCCUAAGCCCAAAACACCCUUCAGACAGAUAUUAAAAGGAGUUACGUUUGUGAUGAGUGGCUUUAAGAACCCAUAUAGAGGUGAACUGAGGGACAAGGCACUGGAGAUGGGGGCAAAAUACAAGCCUGAUUGGGACAAGAAGUGUACACAUUUGAUAUGUGCAUUUUCCAACACACCAAAAUUCCAAGAAGUCCUUGGUAAAGGGAGGAUUGUCACUAAGCACUGGCUCUUGGACUGUUAUGAGAAGAAGAAACUAUAUCCAUGGAGGAAAUACCGACUUGAUGGUGCUGAUUCUCCCUCUGGUUCAGGGUCUUCAGGGGAUGAAAGUGAAGAGGAAUACAGACCUGUCCCUAAGAAGAUUACUCCACAUAAAUCACCAUUGUCCAAAACAAUAGCACAUAAAACACCACAAAGAUCUGUCGAAGAUUCACCCAGCACAUCUAAAGCUUCAGAGACAAAAUACAGCCCACGAAAACUGAAAGAAGAUGAAGAUUCCACAGAUGUUGAAAUGGAUACUGAUGAUGAGAUAGAAAAGAUCAAAAAUGAUGCAUUAAAAGCCAAGUCCAAACAGGAAACAAACGAUGCAAUAUACGACCAAUCAACUGAUGAGGAAACUGAUGAUGAUAUUAAACCAAAUGAUAAAAUUCACAACACUCCUCCCUCAAAGACAGUGGACAAUGGUUCUAAAGAUAUUCAAAAAGAUGAGCCAGGAAGUUCAAGUGAUUCCGAUGAUGAGGGUCUUCCUGAGUUACCGGAUCUGCCAGAUUUCUUUGCUGAAAAAUAUUUUUUCUUUUAUGGAAAGUUUGCAGCAGCAGAUAGGAGGACGUUGGUGAGAUAUAUCACUGCAUUUGAUGGGACUGUCGAGGAAUAUAUGAGUGAGAAGAUUCACUUUGUUAUAACAGAAUCUGAGUGGGAUGAUAACUUUGAUGAUGCCCUGAAGGAGAAUCCAGAGGUGGCGUUUGUAAGACCUGCUUGGGUGUACGAAUGUAAUGAUAAAUCGAAACUUGUACCACAUCAGAAAUAUAUUGUGACAGCAUCAUAGUGCAAUUGUGUACAUUCUAAAUGAUUGAUCGUGUACUGCUAAGAUCAGAAGCUGAAUGUGUAAAACGAGGAGAUUUGGAUGUGUUAUAGGCUUGAAAUCUAUGGGGCCUAAUAGGAAAUAUUGACAACUUUUGGUAAUCCAAAAAUAAUCCUACAGAGACCAAAUUAUAAAACCACCAAAUGGACAACAGUCACAGUUAUCUACAGGUUGGGCCAUAGUUUAUUUAAAUAAGUUAUAGCAAAAUUAAAAAGUGGAUGUUUUGUCCACCCUGUAGUUACAUCCCAAAUUACAUCAUAUUUCUAUAAAUCAUUUUUGUCAGAUAAAA